UCUUAUUCCUACCUUUUGCUGCUUCAGGCGACGACGCGCCCAUUCCUGGAUCUUUCGCCCCGAUCAAAACAUCUCUAGUACCGAUCCACGACACGAACGUGGGAACAGCGAACAGCGCACCUGCUGCCCCUCUGCGGUGGCCUUGGAUGGCCUUAAUUUAUUCACACAAAGAGGCCGACUGCGGUGGCUCGCUUAUCCACCAAUGUUUCGUCUUGACUGCCAGACAUUGUACUGAUAAUAGGAAUCCAGAUCAGCUUACGGUCGUUCUGGGCGAGUACAAGCGCUCCGUGGCCGAGGGAAGGGAACAGGUGCACAACGUGAGUCGCAUAUACCGACACCCGACGCACGACAUCGCCAUCUUGGCACUGCAAUCGAGUGCGGCGACAAACAGGCACGUACAGGUUGUCGAGUUGUCGAAAGACGAGCCCGAAUACGGCUCGGCGGUUGUCGGCGGCUGGGGACAGGUGGAGAGCGACAGGGGUCCGCUGACGUCCCAGACAGCCGACGUACUGCAGUACGUUCACGUACCCGUCGUGCCUCGCGCCUUCUGCAACCUGACCACCACCGUGGACAUUUGCGCCGGAGACGCCAGCAGCGGCUCGUACACGAACGCCUGCCACGGUGACUCCGGCGGACCGCUGGUUCAGAAACGCGCCGGUAGAUGGCGCCAGAUAGGUGUGGUAAGCAGGGGGCCCGCUUCCUGCCCGGCGGCAAGCCGCUAUGCGAUAUAUACAAACGUAGCGACGGCUUAUAAUUGGAUCAAACAGACAAUACCGAGCAUCGAGCGGCAAUGGAGAGGCAAGGGAUUAUUUGGAUUGCUUUCAGCGUUUGCAUCGAGAAGUGAAGGAAAUGACUACAGCAUAUCGGCGAUCUGUUAGUUACUAAUUAAUAUAUCAAUUCCCGGUGGUUGUUUUCCGAAGUGGACAAAGUGCUCAUACAAAUACGUGCCACCAAAUACAUAGUGCGCAUAUACAAUUUCUAUUGGUUUUUGAAGUUACAUGACUUUACCUGAAUCUCUGAAGUUUUUGCAAGGAUGCGUAUAAAAUAAUAGAAGGACGUUGGAAGAAAAUACAUUUACCUACGCUGUUGAUACGAGUUAGAACACCGACGUAAGAACGAACGUAAGCACGCAUGUGUAUAUAACGCCUACGCACUGCCGCCACAAACUUGCUUUGGAAGAAUAGGGUAUAGACUAAAUAAUGUUAUAAUGCACUAAAAGUGUCUGUUUCUUCUAGGCUACACCCAUAGUUAACUCGUGAAUGUAUCUAUAUUCCUUAGAUACCGUAUAUUAUGGAAUCAUCUACCUAAGAACUUCGAUUUCAGCAGUCAUUGGAAUUAGGAUUUUAGGAAAUAUUCGUCUGUUUACAAUGAGCUUUCAGACAUAGCAAUUAUGAUUUUUAUUCAUUCAUUCCCAGACGACAAUUUCAUUUGUCUGUAAACUGUUAUAUGUCAUAUUUAUUCAUAAUUGUUUCUUUCGGUGUUAAUUUUUUGGCGUUUUAGUUUGUCUUUAUAAUUAUUCAUUGCAUCACGCGUGUGAAAGUAUUUCCAUGUAACAUGAGCAAUAUAAGUCUACAUAAUAAUAUACAUACAUAAUAUAUCUUAUUCAUAAUCAAUUUGUAAUAUAAUUAAGUAUUAAAAGAUGUGCUUUAGUUUGUU